AUGGAGGAAGAAUCAGAAUCAAGAGAAUUAAAAAAGAAGAGCGUAGAGGCAGCCCACAACGUCCACAUCCUCGGGUCCGGCGACACCACCGUCGUCCUCGGCCACGGGUUCGGUACCGACCAGUCAGUGUGGAAGUACUUGGUGCCCGACCUGGUGGACGACUAUCGGGUCUUGCUCUACGACAACAUGGGCGCCGGCACCACCAACCCGGUGUACUUCGACUUCGAUCGCUACUCCACUCUCGAGGGCCACGCGAGCGACCUCCUCCUCAUCCUCGACGAAUUCAACGUCCGCAGCUGCAUCUUUGUCGGCCACUCUCUCUCCGCCAUGACCGGCGCCCUCGCCUCCAUCUUCCGCCCUGACCUCUUCCAAAAAAUCAUCGUGCUCUCCUCUUCCCCGAGGUUCCUCAACUCGGCGGACUAUUUCGGUGGGUUUGAGCUGGCGGACAUCGAGCAGCUAGCAGGGGCAAUUGAGUCAAACUACAACUCGUGGGUAUCGGGAUUCGCGCCGCUGGUGGUUGGGGGUGACAUGGACUCGGUGGCGGUGCAGGAGUUCAGCCGGACGCUGUUCAACAUGAGGCCCGACAUAGCACGCAGCGUCUUCCGCAUGAUCUUCUCAUUCGACAUCAGGGACUACCUCGGCCGGGUCACCGUGCCUUGCCACAUCAUCCAGAGCUCCAAGGACAUGGCGGUGCCGGUCUCCGUCUCGGAGUACAUACGGCAGAGGGUCGGUGGGAGGUCUGUCGUGGAGGUCAUGCCCACCGAAGGCCACCUGCCGCAGCUCAGCGCGCCUGAGGUUACCAUCCCAGUGUUGCUUCGCCAUAUCAGACGUGAUAUCGUGGCUGCCGCAGACAAGUGA